AUGAAUGAAUGAAUUAUGAUGAACUCGAUCGGCAGCAAGGGGGAACCCCCACGAAUCCACGAGUCACAUCCACGCAAACGCGGCACAACACGCAGCGGCCAACGCGACGCAUCCAUCCAAAUCCAACCCAACUACUCCCGUUGCCCAAUUCAGUGGUUCCACGUUUUGUAUCUGAGCUGACAGCAACCUGACGCUGAGGCUGCCUGAGCUGAGCAUCAUCAGCGGCCAUGCAGCUCGCGGAGGCCGCCCAGGACGAGGCCGCUUUCUCCAUGCGCGUGCUCCGCCAUCUCGCCUCCCGCGACGACGGCUCCCCCCGCGCCAACCUGGCCGUCUCCCCGCUGUCCCUCCACGCGGCGCUGGCGCUGCUCGCCGCGGGCGCGCGGGGCGGCACGCUAGACGAGAUCGCAAGCUUCCUCGGCCCCGCCGGCGGCAGCGCCCACGCCGCGCUCGCGUCCUACGUUGCGCUGCGCGUCUUCGCUGACGGCGACGGCGAAGGCGAAGGUGAGGGUGGGACCACGGUGCGGUUCGCCAACGGUGUCUGGGUCGCCGCCGAUCUGCAGCUCAAAGCUUCGUUCGCCCGCGUCGCCGCCAAGCACUACCGCGCAGAGGCGCGCCAGGCGUUCUUCAAAACCAUGCCAGAGGAGGCAAGGAGCCAGAUCAACGAGUGGGUUGCCAGCGCGACGGCCGGCCGGAUCAAGGACCUUCUUCCCACGGGCUGCCUCCACCGCGGGACGCCGGCGGUGCUGGCCAACGCACUCUACUUCAAGGGCGCGUGGGAGCGCAAGUUCGACGCCUGCCUGACGCGGGACGAGGCCUUUUUCCUGCACGACGGUGGCGUCGUCCGCGUGCCGUUCAUGUCGAGCACCAGCAAGCAGUGCAUCGCCUGCCGGCCCGGCUACAAGGUGUUGAGGCUUCGCUACGCGCAACACGGCGGCGGCGAGCAGCGGCUGUUGUCGAUGUACAUCUACCUCCCGGACGCGCACGACGGCCUGCCAGCGCUGCUGCACAAGCUGAGCGCGGACCCGGCGGCGCCGCUCGAGAGCUCCAGAACUCUGACGAGCGAGGUCCCCGUGCGCGCGUUCCGGGUUCCCAGGUUCACCGUGGCGUACAGGACGAACGCGAGGGAGAUGCUGCUGGACCUGGGGCUGCUCCUGCCCUUCGAUCGCGUCGCCGCGGACUUUGGCGACAUGGGGGAGGAGGCAGGGGCGCCGGAGCCGCUCGUCGUGUCCGAUGUCUACCAUGAGUCCUUCGUGGAGGUGAACGAGGAAGGGACCAAGGCAGCCUCCGCGACCGCUGUCGCCAUGGGCUUCGGGUGCGCACACGUGGAGGCGCCGGUGGACUUCGUCGCUGACCACCCGUUCGUGUUCUUGAUCAAGGAGGAGCUCAGCGGCGUGGUGGUUUUUGCUGGACAAGUGAUCGACCCGUCGAUUUCUCAGUGAUUUAGACGAGUGAUGCUUUUCAGGCUCUUUUUUUGAAUUGCUUUUCAGGUUAUUUGAGUGAAUAUAAUAUUGUCGAGGGUACCAGUAAGAA